AUGGGAAGCAGCCUGUAUGAUAUCUUAACUAUUGUCAUGAUUGCAGAGUUUAUAUUCGGAAAUGUGACCAAUGGAUUCAUAGUGCUGACAAACUGUAUUGCUUGGCUCAGUAAAAGAACUCUUUCUUUCAUUGGUUGGAUCCAGCUUUUCUUGGCCAUUUCCAGAGUGGUUUUGAUAUGGGAAAUGUUACUAGCAUGGCUGAAAUAUAUGAAGUAUUCAUUUUCAUAUUUGGCUGGCACAGAAUUAAGGGUUAUGAUGUUGACCUGGGUAGUUUCCAAUCACUUUAGUCUCUGGCUUGCCACCAUUCUAAGCAUCUUUUAUUUGCUCAAAAUAGCUAGUUUCUCCAGACCUGUUUUCCUGUAUCUGAAGUGGAGAGUAAAAAAAGUGCUCCUGCUGAUUCUUCUCGGAAAUUUAAUCUUCCUGAUGUUCAAUAUAUUACAAAUCAACACUCACAUAGAAGACUGGAUGGAUCAAUAUAAGAGAAAUAUAACGUGGGAUUCCAGAGUGAAUGAAUUUGUGGGGUUUUCAAAUCUGGUUUUAUUGGAGAUGAUUAUGUUCUCUGUAACACCAUUCACCGUGGCUCUGGUCUCCUUCAUCCUGUUAAUCUUCUCUUUAUGGAAACAUCUCCAGAAGAUGCAUCUCAGUUCCAGAGGGGAACGAGACCCUAGCACAAAAGCCCAUGUGAAUGCCCUGAGAAUUAUGGUCUCCUUCCUCUUACUCUAUGCCACUUACUUCAUAUCCUUUUUUAUAUCAUUAAUUCCUAUGGCACAUAAAAAAGGACUAGAUCUUAUGUUUAGCCUAACUGUUGGACUUUUCUACCCUUCAAGCCACUCAUUUAUCUUGAUUUUGGGACAUUCUAAUCUAAGGCAUUCCAGUUGUCUGGUGAUAACCUAUCUGAGAUGUAAGGAAAAGGAUUAG